UUUCCAAAAGUGACAUUAUUGUACUGCGGCUGCGUAAAAGUAUCACUAGGCUAGAGACUGCACUUUUCAUUUAAUUAUUUUAAUCAAUGUUUAUGUCUAAAUCUACGAUUUUUAUCAUCCAAAAUGAAGGUGUGAUUAUACCAACCAUGACAUUCUAACGUUAGAGGUAUUCUUUCCAAUUAAAUUGCUGUCUUGAUACAGUUUUCUUUGGGAGGUAUUCAUUUAAACCGGCAAACUGACGGACCAAGGUGACAACGAGACGUCAUCGUCUCCUGAUAAUUCAAGGAUGGCGGUGUGUCGAGUGCCAACACCGCCUCCUCCAGAUGUGUCUUGCCCCGUUGCUGACAAUUGGUGUUACACACAAGUUAAAGUAAUCAAAUUUUCGUACAUAUGGACCAUUAACAAUUUUAGUUUUUGUAGAGAAGAAAUGGGAGAAGUAUUAAAGAGUUCGACAUUUUCAGCAGGAGCAAAUGACAAGCUUAAGUGGUGUUUGCGAGUGAACCCCAAAGGACUAGAUGAGGAGAGUAAGGAUUACUUAUCUCUUUACCUUCUUUUGGUCUCAUGUAAUAAAAGUGAAGUUCGAGCAAAGUUCAAAUUUUCCAUUUUAAAUGCAAAAAGGGAAGAAACCAAAGCAAUGGAAAGUCAACGAGCAUACAGAUUUGUACAGGGAAAAGACUGGGGGUUUAAAAAGUUUAUUCGACGAGACUUUCUUAUGGACGAAGCAAAUGGUUUAUUACCUGAUGACAAGCUAACAAUAUUUUGUGAGGUUAGCGUAGUUGGUGACACAGUUAACGUAUCUGGUCAGUCAAAUUGCACUCCGGUUAAAGUGCCAGAGUGCAGGCUUAGUGAAGACUUGGGACAGCUGUUUGAUCGUUCAUCCUUCAGUGAUGUCACGUUAUGUGUGGGAGGUCGAGAAUUUCUAGCACACAAAGCUAUAUUAGCUGCAAGGUCUCCUGUAUUCAAUGCCAUGUUUGAACAUCAAAUGUCAGAAAGUAAACAGAAUCGAGUUGAUAUUCAAGAUGUUGAUCAUGAAGUGAUGAGAGAAAUGUUAAGAUUUACUUACACAGGGAAGGCCCCAAACCUCGACAAGAUGGCAGAUGAUCUUCUAGCUGCAGCAGAUAAGUACGCUUUAGAAAGACUUAAAGUCAUGUGUGAGGAGGCGUUAUGCUCAAAUCUUACGAUAGAAAAUGUUUGUGACAUUCUGGUGUUAGCAGAUCUACACAGUGCGGAACAGUUGAAAACUCAUGCCAUUGAUUUUAUAAAUAGCCAUGCAACAGAUGUGAUGGAGACAACAGGGUGGAGAUCUAUGAUUCAAGCACAUCCACACCUCAUUGCUGAAGCUUUCCGGGCCUUGGCCAGCCAACAAAGCCCACCUCUUGGUCCACCGAGGAAAAGGAUCAAACAGGCUUAAUAAUAAUUCAUUCUUUUGUUGAAUUAUGUAUUAUUAUCAUGCUUGUAUGAUUUUUCUCAAUGCAUUUUUAUUGAGCAUCUGCAUCAGAUCAAAUGUGAGACUAUUUCACUCUUGUAAUGUAAUUCUAGAGCCAACAGAACUAGCCCUUUCUUUUUUAUUUAAAAAAGCAUGUAAUGACAGUGUAAAAGCAGAUAAUGUCUCACUGCUAGACAUUCCAGAGUUUCCAGACCCACUGUACAGCCACUAUAAUGUACCAUUCUACCUCACUACUAGCCUCAUCAUAGACAUGCUUUGGUUUGCCUUAUGUAUUAAAGACCAAGUGAAGUAACAUCCUAACUUUUCUUUUAGAUGAAGUUUCUUUAAAUUAAUAGUAGCAAGAUGUUUAAAACUUCCGACACCGCCUUCAGAGAAAAAUAAAUUUCACCUGGUCUUUAUGUUAUUUUGAAAUUUAUUUGGCUGUGGGUGAUUUUUAGACAAGUGAUCUGGUGCAGAUGGGUCGAGAUAUGGUUUUACUAUGAGUUAUUUCUGCUGCAAUCUAGACUCAUUCAAAUGUCCUUCAUCAGACGGUUCAAUGAAAUGUUAAAAGAGUUGUGUAUAUAUGUUCAAAGUUAAUUAAUCACAAGCAUGUGCUGCAGUAGAAGAUGCAUUAGCACAUGGGUUGUGUCAAAUAUUCAAAUGUAUAAAUUGUCCCAUAAACCUGACAAUAUGCUGUUUACAAACUGCAUUUUCAUAAAAUGAAAGGGCUGUGUGCAUAGAUAUUGUAAAUACAUGUUUGCAUGAAUGGCUUCUGAAUUCAUCUGUAGGUGUGAUUGAUUUAUGCAUACAAUAGCAACCUUUUAGUGCAGAGCUUUAUAUAUAUUAACGGCAUUACUUUAUUUUGAUAAGGUAUUAUGCCGCAAAAUAUAAUUAAUACAAUAUAUUUUUCAGUUGCAACAAAAUUUGUUUUAAUUACCAUUACAUUGAUUCUUUUUUUUAGAAUUACUCAUAAAAAUAUUUAAAAUGUUGAAAUUAUAUAAAGUAUUAAGUUGUUGAAACAAAUAUUAAAACAUUUGAUUUAAAGUGCAGUUUGACCAGUACUAUGUACCUCAAAGCUUAAAUACGAUCUAAGCCAGUUGGUCACAAUUCAUCCCCCAAAAAUUGCCCUGUGAAAGUACUUUGUAAUUUGCCGAUUUUUUUCAUAUGCUUUAACUGUCACAUAAUGUACUGUUGUCAAGUCUGCUAAACAGCCACGGUUUUCCAGUCUGUUUUCAUGACUCUGUGUCAGUGAUUUUUUUUCAUGGUGUGAUAUUAUGCAACUUAUAAUUGUUCUUAAAAUAUGAAACAGAUAUUCACCCUUCAUCUCAUCAGAAUGGACAGAUAGUUUUUCAUUUGUAUUUAAACAUUUCAGAAAAGGCAUGUUCUCUUGAUUUCAUUGUAAAAUCUUUUGGCCACAGCUUGGGGAGCAGGGAUUUUUCUGCCAUUAUUUAUUACUUGUACAUUGUCUUCAGAUAUGUGGUUUUUGCUACAAUUUGUUUGCAGUUACAAAGAUACAACUGCAUUACACUUGGUCCAUAUUAAAAUUGUUUUUAAAAACAAAAUGAACACUCCAUGUUUAUAUUUCUGACAUGGAGGUUAUGGCUGGAAGAGGACCUCCACAUUACCCAUCAAUUCCACAUUUAGAGAGUUUGAUAUGAAAUGUUUAUAAAUUUUUUGAUAAGUGCUGUAUGUACAAUUUGACCGAUAUUUUUUGCUUCAUUUACAUUGCAACUUCAUUGAUAAUAAAAAUCAACUUGUAAAAAUAAAGGAGAGAAUUAGAGCUAUUUUGUUGACUUUAGAAUAGUGUGAUAAUUUCACAAAACUUAAAAUCACAAAUAUUAAGAAUAGUUUCAUUUUUUAAUAAUGCAGGUUUUCCCAUCCUUUAAAUUAUUUUCAGUAUGUCUGAUGUUAUGCCUGAUUAUUAUAUUUGGGGAGUCUGCAUUAAGUUCAAGUGAUGAUUCUUUUUUGAAGGAUUAUGUUAUGUCCAUUUGAAAUUUUUGCUCUAUAAUUAAAAUUCAUAAAAUAAUGUGUUAGUUGUUAAUUUAAUAACCUGUUUUUGUUUGGUUUUCUUUUAUAGUUAAGCUCAGUUGAGAAAUGCUUUGAUCCUUAAUCUAUGUUUACAAAUAUUUCAUUAUGGUAAGUUUCCAGAAAGCUGUUGAAGUGUUAGUAAUCAGUUCCUAUAUAUUAAUUAUUCUUCAACAGCAAGCUUUAUCUUGUUCAUAUUUAUCAUAAUAUUGUAUAUAGAACAAUGGGAAAGUUGGCCACUUGCUCUAAAUUUCUUAAUAGUAAUGGUUAGUUGAAUAUGGGACUCUGAGGAGUGUUCACUACAUGCAGCUGUUAGUAGUACUAGUUAGUUUGUCAGUUUACUAGGUGAUGUGAUAGGUCUCACCAAGCCAUUUCCAAUUAUAAUUUUUCUUGUGAAUCCAUUUGAUUACAAUCAUGAGUAUGAUGGUAAGAAUAAUGAUUUAAUUGAUGCUUUAUAGCAUGUUUUCAUUUAAUUAUUUCUGUACUGUGGAUAAGCUAAAGUGGCCAGAUUUCACCUGAGCAGGCUUGUUUAUAUUUAUUUUUUUAAAAAAUGUUACAGUUAAAUUCUUACAGUUUAAGCCAAAAAUGUUACAUUAAAAUAAAGAUUUUGGAAUUUAGGGAUUCUUUUGUUACUUCCCAUGCCUUUUGACAUUUAUACAAAAUUUUCUUUAAUUAUAUCAAUCAAAUAUAAGUUUGGGUUAGUAAGCCAGAAGAUGGAACUGAUUGAGGGGUUCCACUUUGAUUCGAUUAAAGACGUGAAAAAAGUUUGUUUAAUAUUAUCCUGAUUAAGCAUAACUACAUAAAAUACCAUAUCUUAAGUUAUGAUAGGUUUGUCCAAGUAACUAGCCUCUUUGAGACACAGGUUCAAGGACUUGAUGUUUGGUCAUGCAUUUAAUUUUUUUCUUUCAGCUGUGUUAGCUGGGGAAAGAAAGUUUAAAUUUGAUGUACAGAUAAUAAAUGAAUUUAGGCAAAAGAACAUUUCUGUGUUUUAUGUAUUCUUUGUGCAAGCUUAUGGAGUCAAGUCAUGAUAAAUCCACUUGAGUUUUAUCAAUUUGUGUAUUGUAUUACAUUUCAUGUACAAGUUCAUUGUGUUUUUUAAACAAAGUAAAUAUGACCUCUUGACAUCUUUGGAUAUAAACAAAAUGUUUA